AUGAAAAGCUUAGUAAUUGUCUGCCUUCUUGAAGUCGUAUUCGGCUGGUGGAGCACUGGGCACAUGCUCGUAGCUCAAAUCGCUCAAAAUGUCCUCCAACAAGAAAACCCAGAGGUGCUUAGUAUUGCCAAUCAAAUCCUAUCACCCCUUUAUGGUCCUCUAACCCAUGGUAUUUCAAGCAGUUUCGUCGAAAGUGCUGUCUGGUGUGACGAUAUCAAGAGCUACAACUUUGAUGUUUACAACAACUGGCAUUUCAUUGACAAGCCUUACAAUUAUGAUGGCUUCGCCAAUGCUACAACAUCUGGAGAAGAUAUUCUUUUUGCUCUCUCCAACAGCAUAUGGACCUUGCAAAGCCAAAAUUACUCACUCUCUACCCUUGAUUUGCUUGCUAGCAGUUUUUUCGAAGCUUUUAUAUUUUGAAAAUUUAUUAAUUUAUGCAUUGAAUGUUAAAUACUUAUAGAAAUAGUUUUAAAGUAAACAAACUAUUGAGAAAUUAUAUUUGGAAAGCCCCUUCGCAAACAGCAAUUAUUUUUAUAUUUAAAUUAUUAUGCUUGAAUAAUUUUGCAAGGGUCUACACACGUCGGGGUAUUUUUCCCAUGAGUGUGGAACCCAAAUUCUGCAUGUGGAGUUUCCACACUUAAUGACUCCAUAUGUGGGAUUUGGAUUCGUAUGUGGAAGAUCUCAUAAUUUGGAAGCCUGUUAAAAAAUAUACCAAAAUAUAAUAUUUACAUAAAGAAUUUUUUAAACAUUAACGAUUUUAUAAUAAUAUUCACGGAGGGAAGUCAGUUGCGAUCUUGGAAACCUCGAUUGCUUUGAGAUAUGUCCUUCACUUCAUGGGAGACUACCACCAGCCUCUUCACGUGACAAACUUCUGGAGCCGCAAUUUUACCCAAGGUGAUGAAGGUGGGAAUUUAUUCCCUAUCACCUUCGAUAAUCAGAUCAAUGAACUUCACGCUUUGUGGGACUCUUGCAUGGGAGUGUGGGCAGAUGACUUGCCUCGGCCUUUGAACAGUGACGGAUGGUAUAAUCUCAAUAUGUGGGCCGAGUGGUGUACAGGUAACAAUACGAAGCAGGACCUUGCCAGUGAGCUUGCUAUUAAAGAGUUGUCCCUGUGGCAGUAUGACACUUAUCGUAUAGCUAUAGAUUAUGCAUAUUACGGCAUCAAGCCAAAUGAAAAGCCAUCAGAAGAGUACCUCAAGCGAGGGUGGAAAAUCGUAUUAAAACAACUGGCACUCGGCGGGUACAGGCUAGCAAAUCUGUUAAUCAGUUUAUUUGGGCAGACAUCAGCCCUAAGUUAG